AUGUCAGAGCAGCCCCCUAGGUCGACCCUUGUGCAGCGAAGCACACCCCAUCCCGGGGUCGCCGUCCUUGCCUUCAACCGACCUGAGAAGCGUAACGCGCUUUCUCAGUCCCUCAUCGAUGAGUUUCUCAGCGAACUGGCCACAGUGUCGGCAGAUCACGCCAUUAAAGCCGUCAUUCUGACUGGCGGGCCACACUUCUUUUCUGCCGGUGCCGAUAUCAACGAGAUUUCACGCCUCGACUUCGAAAGUGCAAGAGGAUGCAGGUAUCUGGAAGAUCUCUGCAACGGAAUGGCGGCCGUCCGGAAGCCGGUCAUCGCAGCCGUUGAGGGGAUGGCGCUUGGCGGGGGAUUCGAAGUCGCGCUUAUGUGUGACCUAAUAUUCGCGUCCGAGAUUACCAAGUUUGGCCUACCGGAAGUGAGGAUUGGACUUAUCCCGGGAGCUGGAGGCACCCAAAGACUGACGAAUGCUGUGGGCAAGUAUCAGGCGAUGAAAAUGAUACUUUUCGGAGCAACGAUAACCGGACAGGAAGCGCUGAGCAACGGUUUGGUCACCGAACUCUCCCCCCCUGGGUCGGUGCUCGACAGGGCCAUCAAGGCCGCCCAACAGCUGGCCAGUCUCAGCUCUUCCGCCGUGCAACUCGCCAAGGAGGCUGUAUGUCGCAGCGACAAGUUGGGCCGGGAUGACGAGUUUGAGCGGAGUCUUUACUACUCCGCCUUCGGGACAGCUCAUAAGAGGGAGGGCGUUUCGGCUUUCCUCGAGAAGCGUUCACCGGACUGGGAUAGCAGCGGAGCCUGA